AUUAUAAUUUUCAUUCUCUUGCAAGUCACUGAAACUGUCAUGGAUCGCUGACUCCCACCAACUCGCCCCUCUACUUUGCCGCCUCGCGCUUUUCUUUGAACAUGACAGAUAUCCACAGUUCUUGUCCAUCGACACACAGAUAGACUGAAACACCCUCAUCCUUCUCUCCAUCCAUCCCCGCCAUCGUCAGCAGGCGCACGCCGCAGUGAGGACACGUGCACCUCGCGUGUGUUGUCGCCACUUCAAGUGACGCACCGCCGUAGACGCGACUGCCGCAUGGUGUCGUGGCGCUGCAUGCUGCAUGCUGCAGCAGUUCCCUCCUCAUGUCCGCCACGACUCCACGCAUCUUGUGGUCCAGGUCUCGCCUGGAUCGAUAGCCUUUUACUUUAUUUGUUUCCUCCCUCCCACAACCCCUCGUCCUGCGCUUCAUCUGUUCACUCGCUCUGCUGAUGUUGUAGUCGGAGAUAACGGCCACUUGUUCACUUUGUCCGUUCAUUUCCUACUUCGCCAUGGGAGGACAGUGCCGUGCGUCUCCACAGACUGAGACAACCUUUUGGUCAGUUUUUCCUUCUCCCAGGAACUUUGCCAGAGUUGGACCGCACCAGACUCAAGCGGUGACAGAAAGUUUUGUGCAGAUGAACAAUGCGAUGUGGUUCUGGCCGUCAGACCGGGUGUCACUGGGGUAGCCACCCGUACACAACUUGUCCACGCAGCGGGAGGCACCAGGGUCAGGACCUGACUAGUCACGAGCAGAUGUGCGCAUCGUGGUGACACAAGUGGUAUGCACGUGCUAGGGUUCAAAAUGACAACACCCGUAGUCAACAAGCGAGGUCGACUCCUGCGCCUCUCCUUGUUCCACAGGGAGGAUUCCUCGUCCGAUGUCUUCAGCUCGGAGACAUCGCCGUCUGACAAGCAGGACUCGCCCUCGCCGCUGUCACUACCCAAGCGGCUCCACCAUCCCCUGCACUCCAGACACCGGUCAGCGGGCUCCAGCUCGGAGUCAUCGUCCCUCCCAGAGAGGUUGCUGGCCAGAAGCGUGUCCUUGACCUCUCAACCUGACGCAAGUGCCACCUCUGGCAGCAGCUGCAGCAUCUUUGACGGUCGUUCAAGGAAAGUUCAGUCCUCCAGAAACAGCUUCUUCGGGUCCAAGAGCGGGUUCGGGAGCAUCAGCCGCAAAGACAAAGGCGGCGGGGCUGGAGGUCGAAGCCUGCAGGGAAUGGAAAGUGUGGGGAAGAACCAGUCUUUUCCUAAGUUCUUCCACAGGAGACACCUGUCAUCGUCGUCGCUGCCUUCGGGGCUGCUGGAGGCUUCUUCGCUGUCAGAGUCGUUUUCGGAUGUGUACGAGGAAGACCCUCACCUUUGCCCUGGCACGCAUGCAGAGGCUGCGUCUGACGGUCGGGGUCAUGGUGACCUGGCGUCUUCCGCGGCCUGCCGCGUGGUGUCGCCCUCAGGGUACCGGGAGGGCACGGAGGCGGCUCGGAGCGCGGAGACCAGCGAAGCCAAAGGACCGAUGAUGGUGCGCGGCCUCGGCGAUGGUGUCUCCCGCUGCGCCUCCUUCUCUCCUCCGGCUGCCAACAGGCUGCAGGACCUGGACAUCGUCGGGGAGAGCUUCGAGUCCAGGUUUCCAUGGCAACGUGAUGUGUCGGUGCAGUGUAAUCUCAGCCUGUACAACUGGCGACAGCAUCGUGGAGGAAGUACCAGCAGUUCUCACAGCGGAGGAGGAGGAGGCGGAGGGAGAUUGGAAUCACUUCUCAUUUCUUCUGUCGACUCGGGCUGUCACAGCAUCUCCACCUCCCACAACCCUCACCAUCUUCUCCACCAACACCAGCAGCAUCACAGCUCGUCUUCGGGACGGGCAUCCCCGUCCCAGGUCAAUACCGACGCCACCAACAAGGGCAGUAACUUUAACAGUAUUUCCGGUGUGGUGCGAAGGGUCAACUUUGUGCGGCGCCCCCGGCCCAGCUCCAUGGGCGCUCUGGACAACACGCGGCACCAAGUGGAGGUGUCACGCUUCCGCGAGCUCAUCACGCGCCGGGGGGAGAGAAAGUCGGACCCGCAGCUGGGAGUGCAGUCGCCCCCAUCCUCCGGCUGGCGCAGGAUACCAUUAGUGGGCCAGGAGGAAGGAGAAUCCGUGUCGGACCUGGAAUCGAUUCUAGAGUACCCGGAUGACUGCCUUGCGGACAUCUCACGACAGACAAGCUUCACGUCCUUCGACACAGAGGACGACAGCUUACGUCACUGCGACGGUGUGUUCACGGACUGGCCGGAACCCUCCGACUACCUCCGACAGUCUGUCUCGUCCGACGUCCUGCCCUCGCCAAGACUCUCUCCCAUCGUCUGGGCGCCGCUCGAUGAUGACGACCUGUCCGAUGUCGAGGCAUCACCAAGUAUCGCAGAAGACGGAUUACCGGACAUAGAGGAGCAUAUUAUGCGAUUUAGAAGGGCUACAAAGCCCCCCAGACGUCUCAGUUCCGGGAGCCUGACGAGCGGCUCAGAGAAUGAAGGGGAGCACGAGCCGUCCCCCCCAGUGGCGCGGAGGGGCCGGCGGUCCGCCAUUUAUGAGACCAAGAACUGUGGAGAUGUUUCUCCGACGACACUAUCGCCGGAACACUCUCCCAGCAACUCCUGUGAUGAAGGCGAAGGUGCAAGUAACAUCGCUGAGCGACUGCGACGGCGGCGGAGUUCGGUGGAUCUCGCCAUGAACAUCUACCCCGGCGACCUGCUGGUGCAGGAGCACCACAAGAAGCUCAUCAAGCGAAACACCAUCGCGGACUUCUACGCCGGUAGAAACGGGGGACCGCCGAUUGCAGCGCCCCCUGAUGGCACAGAUGCAUCCAAAAAGGGCAGGCAGCCAUUUUCCCUGCUGAAGCUAAUGAAGACGAGAAGUAAAGAGAACCUCACGAAAUUAGAGGAUAUUCUACGUCGAAUAAAACCCUCGGAGUUUAAAGACAAUCACCUCGCUGCCUACAAGAUCGUCCACUGGUCAGACCUGAUUGCCAGUUCAGACAAGCAGAGUCCACCGAUCAUCAUCUCCGACACAGAAAGGAAGCGGCGCGAAGCAGUGUGGGAACUCUUUAAGAGUGAAUGUGUGUUUCUCAUCGACCAUCUGAUGGUCCUCAAACACGCAUUUAUGGAGCCUUUGAAGAAAGUGCAGGUUGAAGGCAGUCUGAUGUUUACGGAACCUCAGGACAUCUUCGGUAACCUGGACGAGCUUUGCUACGUGAGUUACACCUUCUGCAAAGACUUCAUCAGCGCCCUGCUGAAAGACAUGAGUGUCACAGACUUCGGUCGAACAAAAGUGCUCAUCAAAGCCUUUCAAAGGUUUUCCACACAUUCCAAGGACGGUGCAGUGUUCCACACUUACUGCAUCAACUACACCAACGCCUUAACCUACCUGGAAAAGCUGAGACAAAAUCCAGAGUUUUCCGAAUUUGAGAGGUGGUGCGAGCAGGACCCGCGGUGCAACCGUCUGCAGCUGACGGACCUGUUGGUAGCACCCAUGCAGCACUGCACCAAGCUGCCGCUGCUGUUGGCCAACAUUCGCAAGUACACGGAGAGUGAGACGGAGCGCCAGAUGGUCACCGAGUCCAUCGAGAAGCUGGAGUUGUCGCUCCAACAGCUGGAGGAAAAGAUGAAGUGGAUCAAGAACGUGGAGCGCGUGCAGGAGAUCCAGCGACAAAUCGUUUGGCCGACCGUGACCGACCUUGACCCACGCAGCGUCAUCCCUGAUUGUCUGAAGGCCUCGCUAAGCAAGCAGCCCUGUGAGCGGCUCCUGACUUGUCCCACAAGACAACUGCUGCACGAAGGCCCCCUCACUCUCUUGGAAUCUCCAAAACCGAUUGAGGUGCAUCUGUUUCUGUUCGAUGAUCUGCUCUUGAUAACGAAGAUCAAGAAAACACAACGAAAGCAGAAACAGGGGGGAAGUGAAGGAGGAGCCAAAUCGCCAUCAGGGACUGUAGCUGAUCGGGCGGCAUACGUGGUGUUCAGACAACCUCUGCCUAUGGACCGCUUCGUCAUCCACGACAUUGCACCACCGGACGCCUCGGCUAGUGGUCUGAAAAACGUUCUGGUGCUCGUGCAUAUCAGCCGUUUCCAGCAGGUCAUCGGGGUCUUCACCCUGCAGGCCAUCUCAGAGCCCGCUAAGAUGGCGUGGCUGAACCAUCUUCGUGAGGCGAAGGAGAAGUUUGCCGAAGCUCAGUCCAGUCGCCAGAAUUCUUUCAAAGAGAACAGAGAUCCCAAGGACGAGGAGAGAGAGGCGUCAGGGAUCACUCGCUCGCCGCGGAGGAUCAAACGAAACAGUCUUCUUCGAAAAGUGCCCGCCAAGUCACGGUCCAUGGACGCUGUGUUCAUCUGAGUCUCGUGCUGCAGUGACCCCGUGAUGUUGCGAGUCUUCUUACGAACGGUGCCAAACUGUCUCACAUGAGAAUUCCACUGCUUUCUAAGUCAGUCGAGAGUGAUGGAUUUAUCACUAACGCCAAACAGACCUAAAAGUUUUUAAAACAAUUUUCCACAAAAAACUAAUGCUACAUCCCUCUACUGUGUUAUGUUCAGUUUGUCAAUGUAUUUUUCAUCACAUAUACAAUUACGUCCAUCUUCCUGAGCUGUGAGUCCCCAAGGUGUCAGAACAUAUCAACUUCCGGCUUUCAAUAACCACGGAUCACGUGACCUGGUUAACACAAAUGGCGGGUACGGAAGGUGACACAAUUUGUUUACGGCAAUGCUUGCCGGGUAUGUAAGGUGGCUGUGAUUCUUCUGAAGGAUUCAAGUGAUGCAGAAGAGGUUUUGUGCAGCCUCUCGUUGGGGGCGUACCGAAGACUGUCAACAGAAUGCAUGUCCGUCGCUUCCUGCUUGACACAUUUAAUUUAUCUUCAUAGCCAAUCCUACUAGACCCGAAGAAGCCUUGGUUCCUACUGUAAGGAUUCUACAAACAUGCGUUUAUGCGAAAAGAAAGCAUGCAUACCAGAAACAGACAAUAUAAAUAUACUAUGUCGGAAGACUGGUGUCCUCUCUUUGCGUGGACGAACGUCGCUAUCGUCGAUUGAUGACAACAUCUCCGGUCCAGCUUGGGCUGGCUUCUCGUCAAGCAUGACUGACAAUUAAUAUGGCUUUGACUUGAUGGCAGGUCGAUAUACAAACAGCGUGAGCAAGAUUCACACUUUUAUAAAAAGUUGUAAACAUUUUUUUCUUCGGAAGAAUUUACCAGACAUAUGUAUAUAAGCCACUCAUACUUUUAGCUUAAAAGCAAACCUGUCAUUAACUCCCGAUGCGCAGUUCCUGCCCAGUGACUGAGUGAAUAUUUUUUAAAAAGUGCAAGAAGAGUGCACGGCUUUUGAAAGGCGCCAUAACCUUUCCGAGACCAGUAUUCAAUGACCAUGUCCCACACAGCAUGCCCUCAAACAAGUCUACAGGCUAAUGCUUGCCCAACCUCCGGGUUAACAUGUAUCUUGGCUUUAAAGAUGUGGAGAUUUGAAAUGGUUUAAUUAAUUUCAAUUUACUCUACCACUUGUCAUCUAGUCGUUAUGAUUGUAUCUGUCUCGAAUGCUAAAGUAUCAUCAGAAUAUUUAUUUUGUGAAUUUCGAGUUGCAUAGUGAUGAGUUUACAAGUAAAUCACUAUUGUACAGAGAAUUUUUAUUGAUGUGAGUCAUAAAACCAUUAUAUUAUCGAACCUUUAAAACUGUUGACACUGACUCUCGCUCAGGAACUGAGGUGUUCCGCCACGUGGGAUGGCUGCCAUUGCGUGACGUGGCGCACCUCUCGCUGAGCUUGGCUCACGUGACUUCAGGUGAACACGUGACAGUGAUAGCCUUGUGCCUUGUGGCAUCGGCAUGAGGACAUCCAAUACCCAGCAAACAGCCUGCCUCAGGUCUCUAAGGAAACGUUUGAGCUUCUGACUUGUACCACCAGUUCUGAAAUCCAUCAUACCAUCACCCACCAACCACAAGCCUAUCUAUUCUUCUGCAACCACAACUUCCGGUUACUUUUUUUCGUGUGGGUGGGUGUGUUCGUGCGAACGUACAUAUGAAUACAAGAUCCCAAAAUACUGUGAAUGUUUUUCGGCGUAAUUGAGAAAGCGUGUGGAGGGAGAAGGUGGUUAUAUACUUUAGGAGCAAAUAGUUUACCUCUGUGAACACUUCCACAAUCGUUUAUUCCUAGUUAAAAAGUUUUCGCCACAAAAAUCAGUUGUUGAGAAAUCUAGUAGGCAUGGAGCCUGUUUGAACUUUACACAAGUAUACACGCGCGCUGGACGGCACCACACCUACUCAUCUCUAAAUCGUCUGAAGUCACGAGCACACCCUUUAACUGACGGUUACUAAAGGUCAAGGGCGAGCUGAGGUCUUUCAUGAAAAAAAGGAUGCUAACAGCGCUGUGAGAGGAGUAAUGACAAACCGGAAACUUUCAUAUUUAUUACAUUAUUGAGAAUAUCUACAGAUAAAAAAAAAAAACAGUGACGUCUGCCAGAAUCUGAUCCAUGGUAUAUUCCAUGCCAUGCCAGCUUCAAGAUGAAUGUUAAUCCAUCUAACCUUGUUAACCUUUUCCUUACAGUGCCAAACCUUUCUGCAACAAUCACAUGCUUAAGAAAUAAUUUUCAUUUAGACACGUUAGGGAAUUUUUAUUGCUUUUUGGGAGGCCUCCUCCAAUUAUAAAAAAAAAAUCUUCUGAUCAAAUAAUAUUUUUUGUAUAGACACGGAAACUUAUUUGAUAAAGAAACAUGUAUAAACGUGUUAUUUUCAUAAAAUAAGAGCAUUAGUUUCCAAGGUACAAUAAAAGCAAGUGUCAAAAGUAAUUUUAACGCUCAUUUAAUGUCCAUUUAAUUACUGUUUAGACAAAUUACUCAGCCUGAUGGAUUAACAAAACCUUGGCUGUGUGCUCUGCUAAAAAUAAUGAUGAAGAAAAAGCCUCAUGAGAAUCUACCGACUGUGUUUAAGGCGGCUAACAUGUCGAGGUCGUUGUCGUUGUCGUUGGCGACAUGAGCAAACUGUCUGCUAAAUGUGAUCAUAGUAUGGCCAGAUGUUCAUUAAUCGCAUUACACUCUGUUUCGUAGGGUGAGUUUAGGUCAGUGAUGGCAUUGUCGCUCGUUUCUCAGUCAGAGUACAAUUUCAUUACAAUUUUUCUUAAUCGAGUAAGUUUCCUCCAUCUAUUAUUUUGCACUUCACGUGAAUGUAUACGUCCAAUUCGUUUUCAACAUUAUUAGAUCGUUACAGAAUAAAAUCAAAAGAAACAAAGAAAGUAAUUGUUUUUCCUUGUGACUACUGUAUAUAUCAACUUUUGAUAUGGAAGCCACAGAUCUGACACAAAAUGUUUGCAUUUCGUCCCCGCUUUUAAUAAUUAAUUGAUUAAUUUACAAGGCAGCUGGCUGCUUUUUGUAAAAGUUGAUGCACAUAAUGUCAAACAUGAAAUUUUCAUUUAUUUGUUCUUUUGUUGUGCGUUAAUCACUUUGGAGAAGAUUGCAGAAUUUUAUUUAUAAUUUUAAGUAAUCUCUAAAAUUAUAAAGGGCAAAAAGGGUGAAAUAACCCAUUCUGGUGUUUUCAUGAAGUUUGGAAGUUACAAUUUGUUGCAGUACAUUUUACAAUUCCUACAGCACAUGCAGCUGUUUUUGGUUCUCGUUUGUCUCAUGUUUGAUGUUAUUUAUCUUUGUAAGUGGAGGUUGAAGUGUUAGAUCGUCCUGCCUAAGGCCGCAGGCCCAGCCUGAUACCUGUGUGGCAGAGCAUAGUUCUUCAAGUCGACCCAACUGUUAAAUUACUACCUGGCUCCUUAGUGGGUUGAGCGGAAAAAAACAGACCGAGUGCACGUGAGAGAGAGCGAGAGAAUGAGAAAAGGAGACGGGUACUCAUCCCCUCAUACUCCCAAUAAAAAGCCCCGAAAAGAGUGGCACCUUUGACCUCACUCCACAACCACCAAAAGGAGAAAGAGUUUCUUUCUUUCACGUUUUUUUUUUUUUUAAUUUUCCUAAUUUAAUUUCGAUUUAAGUAUUGUGUUCUCCGUUAACAUUUUUCGUAUUAUUUCUUUAUAGAGGCAAGAUUCAAGAAACUGAUAUGAUGAAGUGAAAGUUGUUGAGCUGAAAACACUGUUUUAGUGGAGAAACUAAUGCCAUUAGAAUAAUGUCAGGAUAAUGCCAUUAAUCGCCUGGUCAUUGUUGAGAUUACUCAUACUGGAGAGAAAGCUGUGAGUGUGUGCGUCUAACUCUUAAGAGAACCUUAUGCGCUGUUUGUAAUUAUCGUUUUCUCAAAGGUACAUUUUGUAAUUUAGAAAUAUGUGCAAUGGGCCAUUAUUAAAUGAAAAACGAUGAAAAGUUCUAAAAAUUAAAAUCAUUUAGAAAAAAG